ACGAUCGUCCUUUAAGAGCGUUUGGAAAGAGACAAGUCUUCAUUUGUGCUGCUCUGGUGGGAGGGGCCACGUACAGAGACGCUGGAGACGCUGCUGUGAUAAACACCACAGAAAAUUACCAAGAUUUUAAUAGAAAAUAUCAUUCAAAUAUUUGAGUAGAAAAUCAGCCAAGGGCCAGAUUAAAGGUCUUGGAGGGCCGGAUCUGGCCCCCGGGCCGUAUGUUUGACCCCUGUGGUUUAAAACAUAUGGAACUUUAGAACCAAAAAUGGUACAGAGUGCAGGAGUUUCAUUUGUGAGUUAGCGUGUCUUGUGGUCAUGAUCUCACUCUGAGGGGAAGUGACUCUGCACAGGAAAAGGGUCUCGGAGUGGCAACACAAAAGCUGAACUUAACUUUACAUUUUAAAUCGUUGUUUUCGGCGAAUACAGCGAUUUCAAAACAGUAAAAGGUCACAGGAAACUUGAAGCAGGAGAGUGCAGAGAAUCAGCAUCCUGUACAAAAGCAAAGUACAUCAAACCCCACGUCAGACUGACACGGACAUGGACCUGGCCGCGCUCUGCUCGUUCCUCGUGUCUUUGAGAGUUUUCCCGAGUCGUGUGCAGUUCUUUCAGUACGAAUCGGUUUAUCUGAGCUGCGGAGAUGAAACCAACGCAUCUGAAUGGACCAUCAUGAGGAACACGACUCGUCACAAAAACCAGAAAAACCCAGCGCAGGUUAAAUCCCGCUGGUAUUUUAACAGUAACUUGUACUACAAAGACGCCGGCGUGUACUGGUGCCAGUCUGAAGAUGGACAGUGUGGGGCUGUGGUGAACGUCUCUGUGACCGCUGGAGAUGUGAUCUUGGAGAGCCCACCGCUGCCUGUAACAGAGGGACACACAGUCACACUUCGGUGCAUUUGGAACCCAGACAAACCGAGAACUGAAGGAACGUUUGAGUUCUUUAAAGACGGUUCUUGUGUUGGGAACAGCUCCAGCGGAAACCUGACCAUCCCCUCUGCGUCUCACUCAGACUCUGGGCUGUACACGUGCAGCCACCAGGGGGCGCUGUCUGCAGAGAGUCCACUGCACGUGCUCAAAACGGCGGGGAGCCCCCCACAGCUCUCCGACAGCCCGGCCUCCGUUCUCUCCUCCGUCAUCCUCAUCGUCGCGCUUCCUGUUGCCGCGGUGACGGUGGCGACAGCGGCUCUCGUCUGCGUCGUCCUCGUCUGCGUCAGGAAGAAGAAGAAGAAGAAGAGGAGGAAAGAAAGCGAACAGUGUGACGCUCUUUACGUCAAUGUCAUGCGCUUCUCCAGACGAACAGCAAAGAUGAAGCAGCUCAAAGGUAAAAAAAAUAAAUAAAUAAAUAAAAUGAAGAGUAAAAUUUGAUCUGUUUGGUCAUUUACAAAUCCAAGGCUGUUUUUAGAACGUGUUUGAAGGACGUGAACAGUUUUUGAGUCUCAGUUAUGAUCAGUGUUGGGGAGUAACAGAUUACAUGUACCGGAGUAAUCAGAGUACAAAUGAUGAGUAACUGUAUUCAGUUACAGUUACUGUUUCAGUGAGUGGGAAUUGGAUUACAGUUACUUUGUUGAAAUAAAUGGAUUACACAGAAAUAUUUUCCUGUUUUCACAUUUUGGGCUAAA